AUGGCGAAAUACAACCGUAUGGGCGCAAUUCCCAGGUGCGACGUUGAUGGUAUCACCCGCUGCUGUGCUCUUGCCAGAUAUAUACGACCCUUUUCGCUAUCACCCUCACUCCCCGUCCGUGCCCUCUCUCUUCCCUUCCCCACCACCUUCGUCCUCACCUUUCCCCCCUCUGUCUCCGUCACCCUCUCGACUGUGUCUCACCCACGCCUCCCAGCCAGUAGGUCGUCUCCCAGCUCUGCUGUUGCCGCAUAUGAGAACUCAAUAACUCGAUUUCACGAAGAUCCAUGGAGAGUUCAGACAAUGAUCGAAAUAUCGGCACUUCUAGAUCUAAAAGCACAAGGACUUUCGAGGGAGGGCAAAAAGAGUAACAGAAAAUACUUUGCCACUGUCCAGGUGGGCAACAAAGUGAAAUGUACGGAGGAAAUUAAUGGUGGGGAGACUGGACCGUACUGGGAUGCCGAUUUCACGUUCGAUAUCUCCAAGUCCUCGACACUGGUAGUAAAGAUCUUCAAGAAACGUCAGCUUCAUGCCGACACUUUGAUUGGUUUCUACAAAGAGGAGAUAAUAUCCAUUAUGUGCAAUUCGGAGUCCACAUCCCAAACAAUUACUCGAGCUCUCGAUACGCUUAUGCCUUCCAAGUUCGCAGAAUCGGCGCUCCCACAGGUAGAAUUCAAGGUCGAGCUUUGUGUCGAUCAGGAUACCUCUGAACUGGCAGCUGUGGUCUGCCGCGCGAGGAUGAGAGCGUCUCAACUUCAGCCAUCGUUUGGUGCGGUACGAAAAGUGUCGUUUUCGCAAGUCCAGUCAGCUAGCGAUGUCAACCGCGACAUAAUGGAGAAUACCUGGCGGCCGUUUCUCGAGAAUAUAGCGAAGUUCGCAGAAGUUGCCAAGCCCAUUGUUGAGUUGCAUCCAUACGCCACGGCUGCGUGCAGUAUCAUGGUUGUUUCAUACAAGAUUAUCAUGGAUCAGCUUCAACGAGAUAUCAAUAUCCUCUACCUCGUCGAUAUGUUGGCCGAUAUUUAUGCCUUCGUACACGAAGCUGAGCCACUCCGUCGGAUCGAGUCCCACAGUAAUAUCAUGGCUUGUCUAGCUCAGCAAACCAUCGACUGUGGCUAUUUUAUCUCUGGGUAUUGCAGCGACAGAUUUCUCACGCGUGCUGUUAAGCAUAGCCUGGCACCAACUGAUGCCGCCAUCAUAAAGUAUGGACGCAAAUUCACAGAACUAAAGGCGGCACUGCUCGCUCAUGCGACGAUCAACACUGAAAUAACGGUACUACGAAUUUGGGAUUCUGUUACACGACUCGAAACGAAGGUGGACUUGAGCGAUCUCCCCUACGCUGAGGGCGAAGUUUCCUUCCAAAGCCGCAAACAAUGCCAUGCUGGGACUCGCGAAGACAUCCUUACCGACAUCACCCGAUGGGUUGAUGACCCCAGUCCAGAUAAAAAGCGCAUUCUUGUGCUUACAGGCGAUGCCGGUGUGGGAAAGUCAGCCAUCGCCCACACCAUUGCCUAUCGCUACCAUGAACUCGGCCGUCUAGCUUCGUCCAUCUUUGCGAACUCGACCGACGCUGCGUCGUGGGACCAACUUCCAGACAUCAUUUUCCCCACCGUCGCUCGCGAUCUCGCCGACCUCGAUCCUCAUUACCGAAGCCGAUUGUGGGAGAAUAUUCACUCCCGCAGAGCCCUGCGCAAGACACGCGACAUCGUUUCUCAGUUGGAAACGUUUAUACUCGCACCCUCCAAGGAACUCGACAUCACAGGACCCAUCGUCAUCGUCAUCGACGGGCUGAGGAAACACAAGUCCGAAAGUCUUCAUCAUUUCCUAGAUGUCCUUGCCGAACGAGCGCAGGAUCUCCCGUCGAAUUUCCGCAUCGUUUUCACUACGAGGACUAGUAAGUCCGUCCUGGAACACUUCGACAAGAACCAGAGCGCACGAGUUCUACGCAUCCCGAAACUUGAUCAUCCGAUACGCCGAGGGGAUUCGGUACCACACCUCUCCAGUGUCAGAAAAGCUUUGAAGCGUCUGGCUACUGAUUAG